AUGUCUACUUUCAUUGGUUCGUCGCAGGCUAGAUGCUGCGGGGGCCCGCUGAUGGAAGCACUGGCAGGGAAGGCUGCUGGUUCUAUGGAAAGGUCCCUUAAUCGAAUCGCCGAUGUGAGGGAGUUCCUGGACGGUGACAGGGACGGCGUGGUUUACUUCAGCCUGGGCUCCAAUGUGCAGAGCAGCGCCAUGCCUCCAGAGACAGUCCGUGCCUUCCUGGACGCAUUCGCUGGAAUCCCGCAACGCGUGCUCUGGAAAUGGGAAGCUGAUCGCCUGCCCGGUCAGCCCGGCAACGUGAUGACCGCCAAGUGGCUGCCGCAGCAGGGCGUGCUGGGUGCCAAGCCUCAUCCGAACGUACGCCUCUUCAUCACUCAGGGAGGACUACAGAGCUGGAACGAGGCAGCUUAUUUCUCUGUGCCCGUCAUUGGGAUUCCUUUCCUAGGAGACCAGAUUUACAAUGUAGAAAAAAUGGUCGGCUUAGGCGUUGGACGAAGGCUGGAUUUAAAAGACGUCACCAAGGACAGUGUUCUGGAAGCGGUGCAGACAGUUGUGGAAGACAAGAGCUACCAGGAGAACAUGAAGCACUUCUCUGCCAUCUACCGGGAGCACCAGAGCACGUCCCUACAGAGGGCGGUGUGGUGGGUGGAGUACGUGAUCCGCCACCAGGGGGCCCCUCACCUGCGCAGCGCUGCCCUCGACCUGCACUGGUGGCAGCUGCUGCUGCUCGACGUCAUAGCCUUCAUACUGGCUGUGGCGGCCGUCGUGGCGUUUCUCCUCCACAGGCUGAGUCGGUGGCUGUUCACGUGGCUCACUCGACCCAGCAAACUGAAGAAACAGUGA